GUCUGGCUGCCCACAGCUUCUACCGGCUACCAGGGGGCUGCAGGAAUGACCGACAAUAUCCCUCUACAACCCGUGAGACGGCCGAAAAGACACGACAGUAAACACAGAAAUGGGUGCUGCCCGUGGUCGACAUGCUGUGGCAUGGGCGACUUCCGUCCCCGCACCGUGUGGCUUGGCCACCCAGAAAAGAGGGAGCAGAGGUACCCCAGGAAUGUCAUUAACAACCAGAAGUACAACUUCUUCACCUUCCUGCCCGCGGUGCUGUUCAAUCAGUUCAAGUACUUCUUCAACUUGUACUUUUUGCUUCUGGCCUGCUCUCAAUUUGUCAAGGAGCUACGCUUAGGUGCCCUCUACACCUACUGGGUGCCUUUGGGUCUUGUUUUGAUUAUCACCAUCAUGAGAGAGGCAGUGGAAGAGAUAAGAUGCUACCUUCGAGACAAAGAAGUGAACUCUCAGAUAUACAGCAAGCUUUCAACACGAGGCACAGUGAAGGUUAAAAGCAGUGGCAUUCAAGUGGGAGAUCUGAUAAUCGUGGAGAAGAACCAGCGUGUUCCUGCUGACAUGAUCUUUUUAAGGACCUCUGAAAGAAAUGGAUCCUGCUUCCUGCGGACUGACCAGCUGGACGGAGAGACGGACUGGAAACUACGCCUCCCAGUGGCCUGCACACAGAGGCUGCCAACUGCUGCCGACCUUCUCCAAAUCAGAUCAUACGUGUACGCGGAAGAGCCAAACAUUGAUAUCCAUAACUUUAUUGGAACUUUUACCAGGGAAGAUGGAGACCCCCCUGUCAACGAAAGUCUCAGCAUUGAAAACACCCUGUGGGCCAGCACAGUUGUCGCCUCUGGCACAGUGGUGGGGGUUGUGAUUUACACAGGCAAGGAGCUGCGCAGUGUCAUGAACACCUCCAACCCAAGGCACAAGGUGGGUUUGUUUGACUUGGAAGUGAACUGUUUGACUAAGAUCCUGUUUGGGGCACUGGUGGUGGUGUCACUGGUCAUGGUGGCCCUCCAGCACUUUGCCGGACGCUGGUACCUCCAGAUCUUUCGCUUCCUGCUGCUCUUCUCUCACAUUGUGCCCAUUAGUUUGCGUGUCAAUCUGGAUAUGGGAAAGAUGGUUUUCAGUUGGAUGAUUAAGAAAGACUCCAAGAUCCCCGGGACGGUGGUGAGGGCUAGCACCAUACCUGAGCAGCUUGGACGCAUCUCCUACCUGCUGACUGACAAAACAGGGACUCUUACCCAAAAUGAAAUGGUGUUCCGACGGCUCCAUCUUGGAACUGUGGCGUAUGGGAUGGACUCAAUGGAUGAAGUACAAAGCCAUGUGUUCAGCGCCUACACACAGCCCACCCAUGACCUUCCAGCCUCCAGGGCUCCGGCAGCCACUAAGGUCCGCAAGACCAUCAGUAGUAGAGUUCAUGAGGCUGUGAAGGCCAUUGCCCUGGUGCACAACGUGACACCCGUAUAUGAGUCCAAUGGGGUGACAGACCAGGCCGAGGCUGAGCAGCAUUAUGAAGACACGUGCAGAGUCUACCAGGCUUCCAGCCCAGAUGAGGUGUCGCUGGUGCAGUGGACUGAGAGUGUUGGACUGACACUGGUGGGAAGAGACCAGUCCUCCAUGCAGCUGCGGACCCCUACUGGCCAAAUUCUGAACUUCACCAUCCUGCAGAUAUUCCCCUUCACCUAUGAGAGCAAGAGAAUGGGCAUCAUAGUGCGAGAUGAAUCAACAGGAGAAAUCACUUUCUACAUGAAGGGUGCUGAUGUGGUUAUGGCAGGCAUUGUCCAGUAUAACGACUGGCUGGAAGAGGAGUGCGGAAACAUGGCAAGGGAGGGUCUGAGGGUCCUUGUGGUCUCCAAGAAGUCCCUGACAGAGGAGCAGUAUCAAGAUUUUGAGGCACGGUAUGUCCAGGCCAAGCUCAGCGUCCAUGACCGCUCUCUGAAGGUGGCCACAGUGAUUGAGAGUCUGGAGAUGGAGAUGGAGCUGCUGUGUCUGACUGGGGUGGAGGACCAGCUCCAGACAGACGUCAGGCCCACCCUGGAGAUCCUCCGCAAUGCAGGCAUCAAGGUUUGGAUGCUGACAGGAGACAAGCUUGAAACAGCCACAUGCACAGCUAAGAACGCCCAUCUGAUCACCCGCAACCAGGACAUCCACAUCUUCAGACCCGUGACAACACGAGGGGAAGCCCACCUGGAGCUCAACGCUUUCAGAAGAAAACACGACUGCGCUCUGGUGAUAUCGGGGGACUCGCUUGAGGUUUGUCUGAAAUACUAUGAGUAUGAGUUUAUGGAGCUUGCGUGUCAGUGCCCUGCUGUGGUUUGCUGCCGAUGUACCCCCACCCAGAAGGCACAGAUAGUGCGGCUGCUGCAAGAGCGCACAGGCAAGCUCACCUGCGCUGUAGGGGAUGGAGGAAACGAUGUCAGCAUGAUCCAGGAAGCUGACUGUGGCGUGGGAGUGGAGGGAAAAGAAGGAAAGCAGGCCUCCUUGGCCGCCGACUUCUCUGUGACUCAGUUCAAACAUUUGGGCCGUCUCCUCAUGGUCCACGGUCGGAACAGCUACAAAAGGUCUGCAGCCCUAAGCCAGUUCGUCAUCCACAGGAGCCUGUGCAUCAGUACCAUGCAGGCCGUUUUCUCCUCCGUUUUCUACUUUGCUUCAGUCCCUCUCUACCAAGGAUUUCUGAUUAUCGGCUACUCCACUAUCUACACCAUGUUCCCCGUCUUCUCCCUGGUGUUGGACAAGGAUGUGAAGUCAGAGGUUGCCAUGUUGUACCCAGAGUUAUACAAAGAUCUCUUGAAGGGUCGACCACUGUCUUUCAAGACAUUUCUAAUAUGGGUCCUAAUAAGUAUCUAUCAAGGGAGCAUCAUCAUGUACGGGGCCCUGCUUCUCUUCGAAUCAGAGUUCGUCCAUAUCGUCGCCAUUUCCUUCACCUCUCUCAUCCUGACUGAGCUGCUGAUGGUGGCCCUGACCAUUCAGACGUGGCACUGGCUCAUGAUCGUCGGCGAGCUCCUGAGCUUGGCCUGUUACGUCGCCUCGCUCGUCUUCCUGCAUGAGUUCAUAGAUGUAUAUUUCAUCACCACGGUGUCGUUCCUGUGGAAGGUGACCGUCAUCACGCUAGUGAGCUGUCUGCCUCUUUACAUCCUCAAGUACCUGCGGAGACGCUUCUCUCCGCCCAGCUACUCCAAACUGACCUCUUAAAGAGCGAGAGGAGCCUGCAGCCUUGUUUAUGUGGGGAGCACAGAAAGUCAUCCCUUGUAUUCAUCCAACAGAGCCUACGCUUAGACCAGAGAAUCAAACAUGGAUUCAUCUCCUUUAAUUUGUUCUGAAACGUUCUCCUUAGAAAUGUGAAAGACAGACAGAGAGUUGUGUCAGGGACAGGUUGUUUACUGAGGAGGGGAGUCUGAGUUCAAAAGCAGUGUUACUUGCUACAUGUGUCUAAUGCAAAGACUAACUGAUGGCUGCUUUAUUUUUUUUGUAUUAUAAUAAUGUGGCUGUUGCCUGUAUGUAAUCAAUUAAGACACAAAAUGAGUUAAGUAAAUGAUGCAGGUCCAGUUUGUUUUAUGUCAAAAAUCACAUCAGGAAAAGCAACUGGAAACGUUGGAAGUCUCUCACUCAGAUUCAUAUACGUGUCAUUUGGGCUGAAAGAUAAUUUUCUAUAAUUUCUAGUUCCAUCUGAAAAGUAAAGCUGUUUUUAUUAUUAGACACUGAAAUUGACGUAGCAUUCUCACUCAGGACUUGAUUCACACUCUCCUUAAACAGUGAUUUCCAAAUGGAGUUUGAGAAUUACACGGUAAGAAAAAAAGUUUACUGGCCAGACUUUGCAUAAAACACACGUCUGCAAGUUUGUGUAUUUGUUUAUGCGUCACCCCGAUGCUACAGCCACGGCACGGCGGAGGUGGUGCGGUUGUUUAUUUUAGCGUGACCUGUGAUGUCUGAUGUUAAAUUUAUCUUUGUCUCUCUGUGUGGACCCUGAGUUGUUAGUGUUUGUGGAGCGCGGUCAAAACAGCCACAAAGGAGCGUCGGUUAUUUGCAGCCGAAACCUUCCGCCGGGGCUCCCGACAGGCUGUGCGUCCACAGGGGAAUGAGCAGCCUCUCAUGUGGCCGCUCAGGCAGGCCAGCUCCAGCCACGCUUCAGCAUUGCAUGAUGACUCACUGUAACAGUGACCUAAAGCCAUAACUGAAAAUACCCGUGUGACCGGCGUCCAGCUGCCCCAUUUCAUUUCAUGUCAUCUAAUGUAGGGCCCCCUCACUUCUCACUGCUACUAACCUCCACAGCUCAGCAGCGAAAGAAAAAAGAGAAGAAAUCACCAAUAGUCAGUCAAGUACAAUGUGAAUUUUGUCAAUAAGUAUUACUACUGCACAUUCAGAAAAAGAAAACGGUACGUUACUUCUGUAAAUUCACUCCUCACAUCCUUCAUCUGACUCGUGUGAUGAUGGAGAUACUGUAAAUAAUGAGCAACUAACAGAAUUACAUGGCCACAUUUUCACUCAUUUUAGUUGUUGAAAAGAUUGUUAUGUGAAUCAUGAAACAUUUCUGGGAUGAAUCUUACUGUCAGACAGAUGCAGGAUGUCAUAACUAAUCAUUUCUCUGUUAAUGUAAAACUAAACUUUUAAGCCCCACUGAAUUCAGCAACUUGUUUGCACAGAAUGUUUUUUUGUAUGACCAUUAUAUUUUUCUGUUGUGAUGGAACUGCAAAACUUAAAUGAUGCUAAGAUAAUUUGGCUGCUUGUAAAUAACCUGUUUUUUUCUCUUUUUUUUUUAUUUAUUAACCUAUUUUAUUUAUGGUGUUGAUUGCACUCAAAUGAGCUGAACAAAAAGGGAGAAUUGUGUUGAUGUCAAUGUUGUGAUGAUUAAUAAAUCUCAUGUUUUCUUUU